CCCUACAAACCAAUACUUGAAUAUUAUAUUGAUGAAUUAACCAGAUUAACUGGCGGGAGAACAUAAUGUUAUGAUGAUGACGACAGUUAUUGUAAUCACACAAGACAUCCGCCUUUUUUUUUCUCUGGGCUUUUAAUCAGCUGUUUUGGACAGCAUAUUUCGUAAUUAUCUGUUUGGCUUUUGUUUCAUUCCGAGGUGGUAUGCUGACAGUUUGUCAAGCCUCUUCAGGCCACAAUUAUUUCCAGUGAAGUUUGCAGGAUAACCACGGAACAGUAACUCUGUAAAGAAAACUCUUCUGUGACUUCCUUUGGUUGCUGGGCUCCACAGUCAGCCUCAAUAAGUGUAAGUAUCACUUAUACGUGGCUAUUUUCAUGAGAAUUUGAAUUGUACCUAUUAAAUCUUCCGAGCAAAAAUUUGCGUUAAAGGUACUCAGUGAGUAUCUGAAGUACAGCGCAAGGCUCAGUGAGGCGAGAAUUUCUUUGGACUUCAUUCUGGAAUGCAUUGAGAGAAACCAAUAUCCCAAAUCCUAUUGGAAGUCUUUACGACGCAGCAGAGUUCGCCCAAAUAGUAAGACACUCAAGCGUCAUGAAUUGAAUCAGAUUGACUCACUCAAAUCAUGUAUCACGGAAUUGUCAAAGAAUGUCACAGAAAGGUUCUAUGCUGCGGACGAGCUCCCUGAGCACUUGAAGAAACCGUUCCUGGAUUACGUAAAAGAGGUUUCUGGCAAGAGAAAGGAAAAGAAACGUGCCAAAUUAUUACAAAGCCUGGAAAGAAAAACUCCGGAAAUGCGAUUUCCUCCAAACCCGGGUCGCUAUGUUUAUAAUUUUUCCGAUGUUGUCCUUGAUGACAUAGAUUUGCAAGUAUUAUCCCUAGGCACCAAGUUUUGUGACAAUCAUGUUCGAAUUAACAAGAUGGAUAUGCAAGUUCAGUUCGAAAACUUCUUUGCACAGACUGAAGGCUUGACACCCUCGUCAGCUGAGGCAGUUGAAAGUCUUAAAUCAACUCUAGUCGACUGUUGUUAUAAAUUAUAAAUAGUAAACGAAAACUAAAUAGCUUAUUGACCAAGAAACACAGGGAAGCCCUAGAGAAGCUGCGAAAUAAUGAAGAUAUAAUAAUUUCGAAACCUGAUAAAGGCUCUGGAGUAGUCAUAAUGAAUAAAACUGAAUACAUAGAUAAGAUGAAUGGAAUACUCAGUGAUCAUCGAAAAUUUCAAAAAAUUACAUCUUGCGUUGAUCCAACAGAAAAAGUUGAGAAACAACUAAUUGAGUCACUAAAAAGACUUAAACAACAAAGUAGCAUAAUAGACGGUUUAUAUGAAUCGUUAAAGCCUACUGGCACGGUUACGCCAAGAUUAUAUGGACUACCAAAAGUGCAUAAAAUCGGUUUGCCACUUCGACCAGUGUUGGACAUGUGUAAUUCCCCAUAUCACGCAACAGCGAAAUGGCUAGUGAAGCUCCUAAAGCCUCUGCAUAAUGAAGUGGUAAAACAUAGCGUAAACGGCAGUUUUGAAUUUGUUGAAAAAAUAAGAGAUCUUAAUGUGAGGGACAAGUUUAUGAUAUCUUUUGAUGUAUCCUCCUUGUUCACCAAUGUACCGUUAAUAGAAACAGUGGAUUUUAUAUGUGAAGAGAUUACUACACGAAACAUAGAUAUCGGGAUUUCUGUAACCACCUUGAAGGAACUUAUUUUAAGAUGUACAAUGAAUGUUCAUUUCUUAUUCAAUAAGGAAUAUUACAGACAAAUUGAUGGUGUGGCUAUGGGUUCCCCAUUAGGUCCAAUCCUAGCUGAUUUUUUCCUCGCUAAAUUAGAGAAUGGACCACUGAAAGGAGUAAUUAAUGACAUGGAUUUCUACUGUCGAUAUAUGGAUGAUACAUUUGUGGUUAUGAAAGAUGAGAAUGAUGCAAUGAACAUCCUUGACAAGUUUAAUGAUGCACAUUCAGCAAUAAACUUUACCAUAGAGAAAGAAAGUAAUGACAGUAUCUCAUUCCUAGACGUCUUCAUGGUAAGGAGAGAAGAUGGCACACUAAGAAGAAGUGUGUAUAGGAAGCCUACAACAACAGGUCAGUACACUCAUUUUUUGAGUUUUGUACCUUUGAAAUAUAAACGUAACCUCGUGAAGUGUCUGGCUCAUAGAGCUAGGUUAAUCUGUUCAGACGACUGCCUCAAUGAGGAGCUUAAGAUUAUUAGAGAAUUACUUAGAAAAAAUGGCUAUCCAGAUAAAUUCAUUGAGAAAAAUAUAAAUUCAGCUCCAAGGAGAGUCAGUAUGGCCACAGUCCCGAAAAAACCAAUGUUCAUAAAAUUGCAGUUCCUCGGUGACAACAUCAGCGAAUUAAUAACACAGCGCCUGAAGAAUGCAGUUAAAAGAACUUAUUAUGCAGCAGAGGUACGUUGUCUCUUUACAACCACACCUAUUUUAUGUUCGAGAAAUAAGGAUAAACUACCUAAAUUCGCCUCCUCUAUGUGUAUCUACCAGUUUGACUGCAGCUGCGGAGCCAGCUACAUUGGGCGUACAAUUAGGCAAGUUCAUCGUCGUAUUUCCGAACAUCAUCCAACGUGGUUAAGUAAGGGACAAAAAAGAUCUAUUCGUAGCUCUAUUUUAGCCCACCUCGUUGAUACUGAGCAUAAGAUUGAUGUUAAUACAGCAUUUAAAAUUAUUUAUCGCAUUCCAACUUAUCUUAAUUUUGCUUUGCGAGUUCGUCUUCUACAGACGGCUGAGGCGAUUGGCAUUCAUCUGAAGAAGCCAAGCCUAUGUGUACAGAAAAAAUUUGUACAGCCACUUUCCCUACCGUGGCCAUCGUCACAAGAAUGGAUAAACAGGACUGCGUCACCCCCUCCCCCUAAACCUAUAAAAUUAUAUUUGUCUAAAUUAUUUAUUUUAUUUUAUUUAUUUUGACCACUUUAUCUUUAAUUUACGUGUUAUUCUUGUAAAAUUAAUUUAUUCUAUCCAUUUCCACCUUUUAAAUCUGUAUUGAUUUUCUUCGUUAACUAUUAACCCAUUGACACUGUUUAAUUAUUGUUAACAAACUUAUCGCCACUUGAUUGGCAAACUGUUGUAUUGUAAUUAAAAUGCUAUAUAUAUUAGAGUAGAGCCAAAGAUGAGGAUCUAAUUGAAAAGUAAAUAUUUCUUCGC